CUAAAACAAUGAAAAACUGGCAAAAAGUAAUUUAGUUUACAAAAUUCGCGGGGUCCUGUUGAAAUUACAUUAAAAUUUAUUAGUAAGAUGGAUCGUCUUCUCCCGCAGUCCAUUAGCAUUCCACAGAGCACCUUCUUACUACAUGUAUAUAUAUAUAGACCUCCGCAGAGACAGAGAAGCUCAAGAAACUGGUAGAAACUUGAAAGAGGAAGAAAUGGAAAAGGCUAUUUACAGACAGAGAGUUCUUCUGGAACACCUUCAGUCCACUGCUCCUCUUCCUGAUCACUCCCAUGGAUCUUCUCUUUCUUCAUCGGAAUGUUUAGCAGCAGGCGAUAGUUCAGCUCAUCGCAGGACUCAUGCGUGUGGAGACGAUGUUGUCAUUGUGGCGGCGUACCGGACCCCCAUAUGCAGAGCGAAGCGAGGAGGAUUCAAGGACACAUUUCCCGACGAUUUGCUUGCCCCCGUUCUUAAGGCUGUCAUUGAAGCAACUAACAUAAACCCUGCUGAAGUGGGAGAUAUUGUUGUUGGUACUGUCUUGGCCACUGGCUCUCUGAGAGCAGCUGAAUGUAGAUUGGCUGCUUUUUAUGCCGGUUUUCCAGAAACUGUCCCUGUAAGAACUGUAAACAGGCAGUGUUCCUCUGGUCUUCAAGCUGUAGCUGCAUCUAUAAAAGCUGGGUUCUAUGAUAUUGGUAUAGGGGCAGGAUUAGAGAGCAUGACAGUUGACAAUAUCAGCAGACCUCAAAUUGCUAAUCCAAGAGUGGAUGAUUUUGCACUUGCCCAAGAUUGUCUUAUACCUAUGGGGAUUACUUCUGAAAAUGUUGCACAACGUUACGGAAUCACAAGGCAAGAACAAGAUUAUGCUGCUGUUGUCUCUCACCAGAGAGCUGCCGCUGCAACUGCUACCGGGAAGUUCAAAGAUGAAAUCAUCCCUGUUUCUACAAAGAUUAUAGACCCUGCAACUGGAAUGGAGAAGCAUGUAGUCAUAUCUGUUGAUGAUGGCUUUCGCCCUAAUGCAAAUAUGGGGGACCUGGCUAAGUUAAAGCCUGCUUUUAAGAAGGAUGGAUCAACAACUGCUGGAAAUUCUAGCCAAGUUAGUGACGGUGCAGGAGCAGUUCUUCUUAUGAAGAGAAGUGUUGCCAUAAACAAAGGGCUCCCAAUCCUUGGUGUAUUUAGGAGUUUUGCUGCUGUUGGAGUGGAUCCUGCUGUGAUGGGGGUAGGACCAGCUGUUGCAAUUCCAGCUGCUGUAAAAUCAGCUGGACUAAAACUGGAUGAUGUUGAUUUAUUUGAAAUCAAUGAGGCAUUUGCAUCUCAAUUUGUGUAUUGUAGCAAGAAGCUUAAUCUUGAUCCCGAGAAAGUCAAUGUCAAUGGAGGUGCAAUAGCCCUUGGACACCCUUUGGGGGCAACAGGUGCACGAUGUGUUGCGACAUUACUCCAUGAGAUGAAGUGUCGUGGGAAAGAUUGUUACUUUGGUGUUGUCUCAAUGUGCAUAGGCUCAGGGAUGGGCGCAGCUGCUGUUUUUGAAAGAGGGGAUUGAGCGGAUGGUCUCUCCUAUGCUAGGGCCAUCGACCCCACAAAUUCUCUCUUUAAAGUUUGCUAAAUAAUAAUGUUAUAAAAUUGUGUUGUGUCCACAGAUUUUGAAAUACACAUUUGAUUCUAUCGUUCCUAUCUUUGUAUUUUGACACAAACAUUUUGAAUAAAUUUGACAGCCUUUA